AUGGCCCCAGGAACUGCUAUAUGCCUUCCCGUCCAUACCCAUCUUACCCAAACUCCUGAGGAAGAUAUGGAAGGAGAGAGCGGAGGUCAUCCUAGUGGCUCCAUGGUGGCCCAGACGGCCAUGGUUCUCCUCCAUACUACAACUCUCCAAAGCUCCGCCCAUGCGUCUGCCAACUCCCCAACACAUGUUGUCACAGGGCCCAAUACUGCAUCUGGAACCUCAGUGGCUGUGCCUAACCGCCUGGCAGUUGAACGCAGAUCGUUAAAGGAAAAGGGCUGCUCCAAAAAGGUGAUCAACACCAUCAUAGCAUCCCGUAAGGCCUCGACCAACUGCAUAUUCGACUCAUCCUGGAAGACCUUUGUGACCUGGUCACGCAAAAAUGCAAUUGAUCCAGUUAAACCUAAAAUUCCACAGAUUCUUCAAUUCCUCCAGGAGGGUUUUGAACGCGGUCUUAGAAGUGCAACCUUACGAAGACAACUGGCAGCGAUAUCAAUGCUAUGGCCUCAUGUGCGGGGAGCCCCACCAUCCAGGCACCCGGAUAUCCUUAGGUUCCUAAAAGGGGUGAAGCAGAAACAACCACCAGUGGUGCAUCGCUUCCCAUCAUGGAAAUUAAACAUCGUGCUAACCGCCCUCACAAAACACCCCUUCGAACCAGUGCGAUCAAUCCAACUUAAGUGGCUUCGCAUGAAGCUUCUCUUCCUAGUAGCCAUAACAUCGGCUAGAAGCGUAUCAGAGCUACGGGCCAUGUCGAGGUUUCUUCUUGUGAAGCUUCCAAGCUCAGGCUUGGAAACCCCAGCCACCACCAUUGAGCCCAGCAGCUGGAGCGGCAGUGAGAGCCCUGCCGAGGACAUUGAAAGAAUGAGUGAUUCUGCAGAUAAACCAAUUGACAAUGAUGCAGAAGGUGUCUGGAGCCCAGAUAUUGAGCAGAGCUUUCAGGAGGCUCUGGCUAUAUAUCCCCCUUGUGGGAGGAGGAAAAUCAUCUUGUCUGAUGAAGGAAAAAUGUAUGGUAGGAAUGAACUGAUAGCCAGAUACAUCAAACUUCGAACAGGAAAGACACGGACCAGGAAACAGGUGUCUAGUCACAUUCAGGUUCUUGCCAGAAGGAAAUCUCGUGAUUUUCAUUCCAAGCUAAAGGUAACAAGCAUGGAUCAGACUGCAAAGGACAAAGCACUCCAGCACAUGGCAGCCAUGUCAUCCGCGCAAAUAGUAUCUGCAACAGCGAUUCACAAUAAAUUGGGCCUGCCAGGAAUUCCCCGUCCUACAUUUCCUGGAGCACCUGGAUUUUGGCCAGGAAUGAUACAAACUGGGCAGCCAGGAUCUUCUCAAGACAUAAAGCCAUUUGUUCAGCAAGCCUAUCCCAUACAACCAACAGUUGCAACCCCUAUUUCAGGGUUUGAACCUGCAUCAGCUCCAGCACCCUCGGUUCCUGCUUGGCAAGGUCGAUCUAUUGGAACAACUAAACUCAGACUGGUAGAAUUCUCAGCUUUCCUUGAACAACAGAGAGAUCCAGAAUCGUACAACAAGCAUCUCUUUGUACACAUUGGACAUGCCAACCAUUCUUACAGCGAUCCAUUGCUGGAAUCAGUGGACAUUCGUCAGAUUUAUGACAAAUUUCCUGAAAAGAAGGGUGGCUUGAAGGAAUUGUUUGGAAAAGGGCCCCAGAAUGCCUUCUUCCUAGUAAAAUUUUGGGCGGACUUAAAUUGCAACAUUCAAGAUGAUACAGGAGCAUUCUAUGGUGUAACUAGUCAAUAUGAAAGCUCAGAAAACAUGACAAUCACCUGUUCCACCAAAGUCUGCUCAUUUGGGAAGCAAGUUGUAGAAAAAGUAGAGACUGAAUAUGCACGGUUUGAGAAUGGCCGGUUUGUGUAUAGAAUAAACCGUUCUCCAAUGUGUGAAUAUAUGAUCAACUUCAUCCACAAGCUCAAGCAUUUGCCAGAGAAAUAUAUGAUGAACAGUGUGUUGGAAAACUUCACUAUUUUGUUGGUUGUAACGAACAGGGACACGCAAGAAACCCUACUUUGCAUGGCUUGUGUAUUUGAAGUUUCAAACAGCGAACACGGCGCACAGCAUCACAUCUACAGGCUUGUAAAGGACUGAGCAGUUAUUUAUAGACACAUUUCAUUAUAGCUCCUUAUCAAAACACAGACUGUCUACUUCAACGUGAAAUGGCAGUUCCUCUGGCUGAGCUUUCCCCUGCAUUUUUCUAAACCUCAUUUGAGUGUGUUCAUACAUUGUAGCUGUGAAAUUCUGGUACAGUUGUACAAAUUCUUUUUAAAACAAAGUAUUCUUCAGAUUUAUAAAAUCACACCUCUUUGGGGAGUAUAUUUAAGGAUUUCAAGGCCUUUGUGCAAGUUUUAAUUUUGUUGUUGUUGUGUUAGAAAAAUAUAAGACAGUGUAUUUGCAAUGGGAAAACUUUAACAGCAAUUAUAAGCAUUUGAGGUGUUUUAUCUAAAUUAAAAAACAUGUUUUUUAAGAUGAAAGUGAAAUUGAAAUGAAUUUUAACUAUGUGUAAAUUAGAACAAUUUUUAGAAUUAUCUUGAUAACUGAUUACUGUGGAUGAUACAGACGAAUGUAAUUCACUAAAUUAUUUUAUAACACAAACUCUAUUUCUGUUUGAAGCCAAAAGACAAACAUAGCCUUAAGAAAUGCCUGAUAGGAGCAGACAAGUCCUAAAUGUAGACAAAAAUGUAUUUUUUUCCUUCCCUGUGUUCAACUAACCUUCUAAUCCAUCGAACCUUUAAAGCAGGUAUUGCAAAGCGAAAUUUUCUCCCUUUACUAAUCAUAUCUAGUGUAUUUAAAAAAAUAUAAAGUAUUGUACUAAUAAGGGCAUUUGAUUAUUUAAUUUAAAAGAUGGCUCGUUUUGCAAUAACUAGGUAAAUUCUGAAAAAUUAGAUUUAUGGUGUACGUAAUCUUGUGUGGUUAUAUUUUAUAAGAGAAUUUUUGGUUUUAUUUUUUUCUUUUCAUCAUGACUCAAGAAGUUGUAACACCAAAAUUAGUAAUUAGCAAAUAUGUGGGGGGGGGGGGGGAUAAAGUGACCGCUGUAUUACAAUUAUGUUAUCAGCUGAAACCACAAAGUGACUGUGGUUGAGAAGAGAAUUGGUAAACAAGCAAAAGGUUCAUCUGUUUUUAAUGUCUUUUGAGUGCUGGAAAAUUAUAGACACUACUAGGUAAAAAGACACACUCUUUCAGGAAACUUCUAAAUUUUGUGAUCUUCUAAGAUUAGUACAGUCUAUCAGCAGUGUAUGGUAGCCUAUCAAACCUUUGAUAAAUCUUCUGUUUUGCCUGCCUACCUAGAAAUCAAGUAUGUAGGUAAGGGGGGGUUCCCUGGUUUAAACCCCCACAUUACAUGUCCAAAGCUCUCCCCCCCACCCCCGUUUGUGGUAUUUUUAUAUUUUAAAGUGUUUUUUCAGUUUUUGGCCUGCA